AUGCCAUAAACUUAACAAUUAUUGUAGAUGAUCUUGAUAUUUUUAAGAGAUCAAAAAUUAUUUAAGAGUCUUUUACAUUUGGAACUGGAGACAUAAGUAAAAAGAAAAUGAUAACUCAAAUAAUAGAUUUCUAUUGAUACCUAUACUAGAGAAUUAUAAUUUCUUAGAUAGCAAAUAUUAGAAGGUAACUUCAUAGGUGCAGAACAAUAUCUCUAACCUUUAAAGACAAGACUCAAUGAUCAAUUUUCAUAUGUAUUAUUGGAAUUGAAGAAACAAUAAUAUUUUGAAUUGAUAAAUACUAAACCAGAUGUAGAAAUUCUAAUAGCAUUAUUACGAUAAAUUGAAUAAUUGGCACCUCCUGAAAUAUAUAAAAACCUUUGUUAUUUUUUGACUUUAUCAUGUAUUCGCGAUCAUUCAGAGUUUAGUGAUUGGAGUGUUGAAAAAGUAAAUAAAAAGGGUUAUAAAAUAAUAGGGAAGAUUUGAUUGUUUUGAAGGAAUAGCAUCUAUACUUAAGAAUUUAGGUAAAACAUUUAGAAUAGAAAAAUACAAUGGUAAUACACUACAAUAAUUAUAUGAAAAAGUUGAAGAGGAAGAAGAUAAUAAUAAAAAUUCAAAAUGUAAAGCAAUACCUUUAGUAUAUUAGUUUACUAAAAAAAGAAGUCUGAAUUACAAAUGUAAUAAUCUAGUUCUUCAUAAUUACCUACUGAUUUCGAUAAAAAUAUUAUAAUAGAAAAAUUACAUAUAUCAGAUAUUAAUGAAAAUGAUUAAUCGUUAAUAUAAAAGGAAAGUAUUUUAAAUGCUACUCAUAGUAGUAUAUAAUCAUAACUCUUUAAUUAUAAAUUUGUUGAAAUGGAUUAAGUUGCUACAUUGUCAGAUAUACAUCCUAUUAGAGCAGCUGCAUUUUCAUCAGAUGGUGAAAUGUUUGCAAUCGGAACUAAUUCUAAGAGUCUCAGAAUAUUUUCUAUGAAAUCAGUAUUACAAGAAAGUCAAGUUGUUAUGUAAUUGGAAAAAUAAAAUCAUCAUUAAGGAUCUAUUUAUUGUAUUGAUUGGAGUCGAUCAGGAAGAUUAAUAGGAACUGGAAGUAAUGAUAAAAUUGUUAAAUUAUACAAUGUGGAAGAGGAUACAGAUGUAAGUUUGAUUGGUCAUAGGGGUUUAGUAAGAUCAGUUUGUUUUAGUGAUGAGAAUAGAUUGAUGUCAGCUGGAUAGGAUGCUGUUAUUAAGAUUUGGGAUGUAGAAACAUAAAAAUGCAUAAGAAAUUUAGAAGGACAUACUUAAACAAUAUAUUGGUAUUUAAAUUGCAUCUAUAAAAUAUAAUAGUUUAUAGACAGCAGGAGAUGGAUCAUAUUAAGUUUCUUGUGGAAUGGAUAGAACUUUAAGAAUAUGGGAUUAACGAACUAAUAAAGCUUAAGGAGUGAUGACUAUGUAAACCGAAAUUAAUUAUGUUUCUCUAUCAGAAUCAACAACAAAUUACAAUUUAUAAAAUUUAUAAAAUUUAGUAAAAGGUUCAAGAAAGGCUCCUUAGUUUUCAUCAUAAGGAUUGGCAGUACUUGCCCAUGCUGAUGGUGUUGUUUCAGUUUGGAAUAUUUAACAGUAGAAAUGUAUAAAAACAUUGAAACAUCAUACAAUGGAUUGCAGAUGUGUUGAGUUUGAUCCAACUGGUAGAUAUAUUUGUAGUGUAUCCUUUGAUUCAACUAUUGCUCUUUAUGAUUGGGAAUAGCAGAAAUUAAUAACUUAAAUUACUGAUCAUGAAGAUAGAGUAGUGUUAUGUAAAUGGCAUCCAUUCUAUCCAUUUAUUCUGAGUACAUCAGCAGAUUGCACUGGAAGAAUUUUUGCUCCUCAUGGUUUUCUAGUAUAAUUAAUGAAAUCUUUAUGA